AACUUUUUUGAUUCCUCAUGUUGCUACAACUUCUUGGCAUCUUGGCUGUUGCCAUGGCUACUAUAGUGACUAGUAACUUCUGUCCAAGUUUCGCGCCUUUUUACAGUGACUAUGGUUAUGUAUUGGUAGAUCACUUUAUCAAGACCCUACCUCUCUUCAAACCCGAUUGUAUGUCAGUCUGCCAAGAAACUCUCGCUUGUUUUUCCAUCAACAUUUACAAACAUCAGAAUGGUAGUUGGAUGUGUGACUUGAACCGAUCGAACAAGAAACAAAGUCCAGGAUCAUUUGUAGCAAAAACAGGAUACGAGUACGCCGAGCCAAAGAACAUGAGGUACUGCGUCAAGGAAGACUGCCCACUCAAAGACGGUAAAAUAUAA